AUGGCGAUCCUCUCCCCUGGAAUCAAGUUCGUGGGCCGCGGCGUUGCCUACGUGACCGUCUUUGUAGGCGGACUUGUAGGAGCGACCAAGGUUGCAGAGUCCCGAGGGUACUUUGUGCCCAUUUGGAUGGUAUUAACUGGUGCAGUGGUGGCUGGUCCAGCACUAGCCGGGUUAUACAUCACAGCAGGCGAAUUGAAGAAGAAGCGGCGCGCACGGGCGCUGGGAGCACGAGUGGUACCAAAAUGCCGAGGUUCGAAGAUCGGAAACUUGGACGUGCUCAGCAUGACGCUGAAGAACCUCGCUGUUGGUUAUCCCGGUGACGGCCUGGAUGAAAUUAUCAAAGCUCGAGGGCCAGUGUUCAACAUUUGGCUGCUCUGGUCUGAUACGCUCCUCACGACCUGUCCUGAACAUAUCAAGCUCAUCCUCGCGACCGAUUUCCACAAUUAUGUCAAGGGUCCUCGGUUCAUUCAUAACAUGGGCUCUGUGCUCGGGUCUGGUGUCUUCAAUUCGGACGGCGAAAUGUGGAAGUUCCACCGUAGCAUCACACGACCUGUCUUCACUCGGGAUAGAAUUGGCGAUUUCGAUAUCUUUGACCACCACACCGACGUUGUGCUCCAAAAGUUGAAGGAACGCCUUCGCGAAGGACACGCCGUCGACUUCCAGGCGCGUUUAUCCUUUAUACACUCUGCAAUCCAUCUGACCACUCUACAGGAUCUCAUGGCUCGCUUCACUUUGGACACCGCGACUCAAUUUCUCUUCGGCCACUGCGUAAACAGCCUCGAUGCAGGACUCCCGUAUCCACCGAAGGCCGCACCCUACGUCUCCGUACAGCAGACUCCCGCGGGAAAGAUGGCCGACGACUUUGCUCGCGCGUUUAUGGAAGCCCAGGAAGUCAUCGCUAUCCGUGAACGUGUUGGCUGGAUUUGGCCUUUGCUCGAAUUCUGGAAGGACAAAACGGUGGAACCGAUGAAAGUGGUCAAUGCUUAUAUCGAGCCGAUUGUGAAGGACGCUAUCGAGAGGAAGAAGAACGCAUUGCCCGAGGAGAAGAGCGGUGACGAAAAGGAGAUCCAAGAGGGUCAGACGCUACUGGAUUAUUUGGUCAAUGUCACCCAGGACCCUACGAUUCUGAGGGAUGAAAUCUUGAACAUCAUGAUUGCCGGACGCGACACAACCGCUGCCACACUCACCUUCUGUAUCUACCUCCUCUCCCAGCACCCCGAUGUUUUCCAACGCCUCCGCACCGAAGUUCUCGAGAAGGUUGGACCCAGCCGUCGACCCAACUUCGACGACCUCAAGGAUAUGAAGUAUCUCCGUGCCGUCCUCAACGAAACUCUCCGGUUGUUCCCCAUCGUGCCUUUCAACGUCCGAGAGACGAUUGAGGAGACGAUCUGGCCAUCCCCUGAUCCCAAUGAGAAGCCUCUGUAUAUUCCUCCCGGUACCAAGACCAGUUAUUCUGUCUUCAUGAUGCAUCGCCGCACGGAUCUAUGGGGUCCAGAUGCGGAGGAAUUUGAUCCUGAUCGAUUCAUCGACGAGCGACUCAAGAAAUACCUCAUCAAGAACUCGUUCAUCUUCCUUCCCUUCAACGCCGGCCCUCGUAUCUGCCUCGGGCAACAGUACGCCUACAACGAAAUGUCGUUUAUGUUGAUUCGCCUUAUGCAACAAUUUUCUUCGGUUACCCUCGAUCUCGAUUCUGCUCCCCCUGAAGCUAUCCCACCUAAAGUCUGGGCCGAGGCACCCGGACGCAAGGCGACUGAGAAGGUGUUCCCCAAGUUGCAUUUGACGAUGUACGCCGGGGGUGGACUUUGGGUCAAGAUGCAGGAGGCGACUGAUUGA